AUGCAUAACUGUACUUUAUUUCAGGCCAUUAAGUCCAAAGGUGAGCCCAAGCGAGCUCAGAGAGCACCUUCCAAUGUUUUCGCAAUGUUCAGGCAGUCACAGGUCCAAGAGUUUAAAGAGGCCUUCACAAUGAUCGAUCAGAACCGUGAUGGCAUCAUUGACAUUGAAGACCUCAAGGACAUGUACUCUAACCUUGGUCGUAUCCCGCCUGACUCGGAGCUGAAUGAGAUGCUGAAAGAGGCACCAGGUCCCCUCAACUUCACUAUGUUCCUUAACCUCUUUGGAGAGAAGCUCAGUGGAACUGAUCCCGAAGACACUAUCCGGCAAGCAUUCUCCAUGUUCGACGCAGAAGGAAAAGGGUUCAUCCAUGAAGAAUACCUGAAAGACUUGCUUGCAAACAUGGGUGACAACUUCACUGAGGAAGAGAUCAAGCAGACAUGGAAGGAAGCACCCUUGGAAAAGGGAAAGUUUGACUACAACACAUUUGUCGGAAUUUUGAAGGGCAAAGAGGAAGAUGCUCAGUAA